AAGCGUCUGAGUAACGGCUGUGACGAGCAUGAAGUAGAAGCGAAAAAUCACAACCUGCAACGAGUGAGUGCUCGGGAGGGCCACCAGAAUCAUCGAAAAAAAGCGACUUCCAAGUUUCAAAAUGCCUCGAAGACUUCACCCUCUAUUCCAGACAAAGAGUGUUGUUAGGCUGGAAUGCAAAUUCUGCGAAAGAUCAAUUUGUAUGCGCGGAAUGAAAGCACAAUUGCUCGCCGAUACUAAUGUGGAGCUCUACUCGACAGAUUUGCCUCCCGAAAAUGCAAUUGAACUUGUUGGGCCUAACUAUUCGACGACGAACUGCGAUUGUAAAAUCAAGGACAUCGCCUGUCUUGGAUGUGGAAAUAUUGUUGGAUACCAUGUAACUGUCCCUUGUCGGUCCUGCGUUCAAAGUUGUAACAACGGCCAUUUUUGGAUGUUUCACUCAAGCGCUGCCUAUGCUGUUGAAAGGAUCGAUAAGAAAGGUGAUAUGCUGGUAUGGGGUGGCCUUUCGCCAAAUUGCACAGAGGACCAAGAAUCAGAUAAUGAUCUGGAAUUUGAGUUUGAAGAAUGCUGCAGAUAAAAUGCCUAGACAUUGGAUUCAUCUCAGGGUGUCUCGUCUCAUGACUAUCUCCUGUCCAAAGCAGAAAACUUGGCCUUGUUUCCACCAGGCAAGAUAAGCAAAUAACACAGGACCUAUCAAUGUAUAUCUACCAUUAGGUGGUAAACUUGGUCAUAGAUUUAGUUAUUCAAGACAUCUUAAGAAAAAAGACAUUGCAUUUCAUGCCAGAAGCACUUUGAAGGAUUUUGCUACUGCUUUCUCUAAUUAUAUUUUAAACAGUUAGAACAAAAGCAUCAAGGGGAGUUACCAUAUAAAAAAAACUGUUCUGUUAGGAGCAAAUUGGUUUAAAAUAGAAUACAAAAAUUAUAUUUAACAUAGUGUACAAAGUUAAUCAGAGAACACAAAGUGUUGCAGUAUUGUUGAUGUGUCGGUGGGGAUAGUUUUGUAAUUGUUGUUUUCAUGGUCUUAGAUUUGCGAAUGGCACCUGCAUUCUGCAACAUUGAAUUUAUGUGAAAACAAAAUUGACAGUAAUAAAAUAUGCAAAAACUAAA